AUGCCGGGCGGGUCGAAAUCGGCGCGAGGCGUCGCCAAGCCCGAGGAAGAUGGUGACGCGGACAAGGAGGAGGAGACGCUGGAAAAGUUAGAGGCGAGAGUGAAGGACGAGAAGGACGAGGCUCUGAUGGCGGAGCUCCUGGCGAUGGAAAAGAUAGCGUUCGAUCCCACGAAUACUCUGCUCAACCGAGGACAGUUCAACGAGCUGCUAGAUUUACAAACGGAGACCGAGCCCGACUUCAUGCAAGAGAUCGUGGACAUGUACUGCGACGACUCGCACACCAUGCUUGAUGAGUUGAAAGGGAUUCUCACCGAAGCGGAGAAACGGACGACAUCUGGAUACGACGCCGCGCGCGCGACGUUGCACAAGCUUCGCGGUGCGUCGUCGACGCUCGGAGCGGAGGGAAUCCAAAACGUGUGCGAGUCUAUCCGAGAAGCCAUCGUGAGCGAAUCCGUUGACGCCAUGGUCAAGGGACCAGGAUCACUGGAGGAGCUAGAAAAUCGUUUGAACGAAUUGAAGACGUUUCUCAAGAAAUACGUCUGCGUAGCGCGGGAGUGCACGGUACGAAAGCUCGCGCGCUAA